GCUGAAGAAGUGCAGAAGUAUACCUUGCGAGGAGCUCCUAAAACUGCGAAGUUCUGCAAAACAAAAUGGGCUGAUUUGCGAGAGACAUACCAUGUUAUUGCAGCUCUACUUGAGCAGUCCAGAUUUAUCUGGAGUGCUGACCAUGGUGUGCAAAUUGAUGAGUGCUCGGAGACUGUGUGGCAAGAGUAUGUGAAGAAACAUCUGAAGGCAGCACCAUUUCGCAACAAAGGCUGGCCACAUUUUGAAGCAAUGCAGGCUAUCAUG